UCAGCUCCACUGCAUGCACAAUCAGUACCACAAAAGUAAUGUGCAUAUUUGUGUGAAGGUAGCCAUUUUAGAACCCACCUUCCCCACAACAACAUUACGCCCAGUCACUAAAUCUUGGAGAUCGCCAUCAGUACGAAGUAUUGGCAUUGCCAAACAAAACCUCGGUGAACACUCAUCGACAAGCUUAUUGGUCAAGUCAAAAUGGCACCCCCCACGCGAGACGUCCUCACCCUCUCCCAAUCCUCAAUCAACCAGAUCGACCCAUAUGUACCUCAAACCGGCGUCCAGCACUCCAACAGACCAUACGGCCGGCCCCACGUAACCCUCACUUUCGCAACCUCUCUCGAUAGCAACUUAUCCCUCGCCCCCGGCGUGCAAACCGCCCUCUCCGGCCCUCAGAGCAAAGCAAUGACGCAUUAUCUACGCUCCAAGCACUCCGCGAUCCUGAUCGGCGUCGGGACCGCCAUCGCCGACGAUCCCUCCUUAAACUGCCGUUUCGAAGGCGUCGGCGGGUAUGGCGGCGAGGGAUUGUCGGGGCAACCGAGGCCAGUUGUUAUCGACCCGCAGGCUCGGUGGCAAUGGAGUGAUGAGAGUAAGGUCAUCAAAUUGGCGAGGGAGGGGAAGGGGAGAGCGCCAUGGGUCUUCACUAUGAGGGAGGUCGAUGAGGAGAGGAGGAGGGUGUUAGAGCUUGUGGGCGGUGAGGUGAUUGUAGCUGGUGCGCAGCCUUCGUCGCGGCGGAUGUCGUGGGGACAUAUUCUAGAUGAGCUGGAGGGAAGGGAUGUUGAGAGCGUGAUGAUUGAGGGUGGUGGUGCGGUGAUCAAUGAUCUGUUGGCGGCGCGGAAUGUGAGGUUAGUUGAUACGGUCAUUGUUACUAUUGCGCCAGUUUGGUUGGGAGAGGGAGGCGUGCAGGUCUGCCCGAACGAGCGGGAAGAAGGCGGAAACAAGGUCCCGGUCGCGAGGUUAAAGGAUGUGAAGUGGGUGCCAUUGGGAGAGGAUGUCGUGCUGUGUGGCCUUGCACCACGGGACUGAGAGCUAUCGCAGCAGCUAGUAGCGGAGGGGUGGUGGCCCAGUAGAGUUCUUUACCUCUCGUUUCGGCAUCUUCGCCCAGGGUAGCUCAUCAGAAGCCUCGCCAUCGAGCAAAUGCUUGACGCUCGCCUCCAAGCCGUCACUCAGCUUAGUGGCUUGCUCGUCCUUCCACCCGCGCUGCUUGCGCUUUUCGCUGAGUAUCUCCCCGGUCCCAAGAGGAUCAUGUUGCCAAGGGGUGUAUCCGUACUUCUCUUCUCCCUUGAGUGUACUCUCAAUAUCAGUGCUUGACAUGACGGGAUCGAGACCUUGGACUUGAACGCGAUCUUUCGGCCAGUGGAUCGCAGGUGCAUGGAGCUCCAGAAACCGUUUCGACUUGAAAGCAUGUGUGAUGAUACGGAUGUUCUUUG